CCUAGUGUCCAGUCCUUACAACGUCCUCAAGAACUCGAGCCUCUGGACUCACUCGUCUACAAACACUCGACCUCAGGCUCCGAGACAUCGACAUACAGUCCACCAACAUCGCAGUUGGCCGUUUCUCUGCCGCACCAGACCUACACUCCUUCAAGUUUGCUUUCAGUGCCAGUGCACAUACCACACAGCACCUUGCACGUCUUGUCCCUCAUUGACCUUCGCUUUCUCGGACUGUGCCUCUCGUUCACCCUGUCACAGAGAUCUCCUUUGAAGUUGAGCCUGCCUGGACUUUCUAACAUCCAUCAACUGACAUCUUCUCCCUUCGGUUCAACUAAACACCUCCAAAGAUUCUGUACCCAAUUUCUGCGGUAGUCCUACCUCGAACUCGCACGCCUUGUCUCUGGUUGCCGCACGGUUCACAAACUCUACCGUCAUCUCGCUGCAUUGACCUACGAUCCUGAAAGGUUUCACAAUCUCGCUUUUGUUGACAAAUUCCAAUGCUGUAAACAACGGACCGACGAUCAGGUAUCACAAACACACGACGUUGGACCACAAGAGUUUGGACCUCGAGGAACUGGGACACUUAAUCUUGUUUCCGACUCGUUGCUGCACUCACGCUGUGGCUGCAAGGACGUGGAAAGAGUUUCGCUACCCUUCAUCUCCAAAGCGAGAUCUUGAUCUCAAGCCCAUAUCUUGGCUCGCUUCCUUUGUCUCUCGUGCUCUAGCACUGGAACUCUGUUUAUAUAUCGACGUUGAGCUGAGAGGCAGUCACCAUGUCUUCUCCCGAAGGAGACGACAACUCGAGGGGUGCGGCUUACCCAUGGGUUCUGGAGCAUUUGAUAACCUAUCCUGCGACCUACGAGAUCCCCCUGCGAACCAUGUACACUCUCAAUGCUACAACCCAACAUCAGCAGCAGUGUCCGCCAACACCGUCCCCGAACACGGUUCCUGGCAAUGCUUUCCCUCGCAAAUUGUCCGUCACCGCUGAGGACCAGCAAAACAUGACCACAAUGACGGCUGCCGCUCAAUUGCGUGCCAAUCUCAUACAACACAUAUCGCAGCUGCCCUCCCAGCCGACAUCUUUACCUCCAAGCUUCAUCACAAGCUUUGUUCGAAAAUGUUUCCCCCGCGAACUGGAUCAGGUCGAUUUCCCCCAGGCUUUAACUGCUAUGGACUACCUAAAAGAUCUGGAAGUUAGACGCCGGCGGGAGGUAGUGGCGGCUUUGGAUAAGCUGGGUAUCGACCAAGAAGACCUUAGCCACCGAGAUAAACUGGCACGGAAAUACCCCGGCGUCCUGCGCUGGGUUUCCGACAUUGAAGAGAGGGAGCGCAAGGUUGAAGCGCUCUACACUCAGGUCUAUAUCGGGCUGAGGAGAUGGACCCUGAUCAACGAGCUCACCUUGACCCCUUUCGACAAGGGCAAUUGCCUGGCCAUGCUCAACACACUGUAUCCUCCCAUCAACAUGAAUGCCGGGCAUUUCGUGCAGCCCACCGCACAACUGACGCCUCAUAUUCUGACCCAGCAACGCAACGGCUUCUUCAAAUAUAUCACUGCAGUGGAAAAGAACGGGCCUGCGGUCUUGUCCAACUUGAUGAACCAGGCUAAGAAAGCCGAAGAUCCUAACGGCUGGGUCAGUCUCCGAGAUACUCUUGACAAGUAUGUUCGCAUGGCAAACAGCAUCAUCGAAGAAUGCUACGACAUCACCGGUCAGAGCCCGUCCCCAACCACUACCUCUUUCAAGUCUUUCGAGCAUGAGGAGGAGGGGCGCCGGAAGGUUGAUUCUGCUAUUUCUUUUGGCUCCGGAAGUUCAUCAAAUCGCAACUCCGCCCAAAGCAACAAGUCUGCACAUAGCCAAAAGAGCCAUACGACCAGACCUAGCACAAGCAGCAGCCUCAGUAAUGGCAGUCAUAGCCAUAGUCGUCAUGCCUCUCAUGACAAACAACUUCCUGAAAAGCCAUUGCCGCCACCCAAGGAUGACGAAAUUACUAUAACACAGAAGUCGUCAGGGUCAACACUGGAGCGGAUCGCUCGUGAACUGCGGAAGAUCAAGAGUCGGACCAACAUCAAAGACGACGUACGUCCGCGCACUCCGUCAUAUUCUGCGGAUAUGAUGGGAACCGACAACCAUGACCGACCACCACCAACACCUGCCAAAGACCGCAGCUUGAAGAACAAGCUUAGCAUACGGAGAAUGCGAUCGAACACUGCUCUCUCGGAAAUUACUGGCAUUCGUUCUCCCACUCGCCACGGAGAACCCACAAUCCAGGAGAUGCCGGCGUUUGACGCAGACGAGAUGAACAGGAGCCGACAAAGAUGGGAGUCUCAGCAAAAGAUGAAAGCGAGGGGCGCUGAUGAUGGACUGAAGACAUAAUGUACAACGUUGUACCAGACAAUGUUUUUUUUACGACACGGUUUUGGAAUUUGAAAGGGAUAAUGGACUGCGGCUACUGCCACCGCACCGAGUCUUAGCAAGAGAGGUCUCGGCAAAUGUGUAACGAUACACCAUGAAGAAUUACGAGAGAAAGCAAGUGAUUAUUGGCUUGGAAAAUUUAGGGCCUUGUGAAGACCAACUGGGACCAGAGAUAUGAGGCUCUCACGAGCAAAAUGGAUGAUUUGCGGAAAGGGGCGUGGACAAAAAGUAUGGUCCUCAUAGAGGCGAUACCCAUAGCUUGUGCUUUGACCAAUGAACCCGAUUGAAAAAAGA